AUGUCUGUUCUCCCAGCGGAUGCACAUGCAGAGCUUGCACAGCUAUUGUCUGCUUUGCAAUCCACAGACAACAAUGUCCGUUCACAAGCUGAGGAGCACUUGGGCAACAACUGGGUAGCCACCAAACCUGAAAUGUUGUUGAUGGGCUUGGUCGAGCAAAUACACGGUUCCAAUGAUAUAUCUACCCGGUCCUUUGCUGCGGUUAUAUUCCGUCGUAUAGCUUCCAAAUCGCGCAAGGCAGAUGACAACAACUCGAUCGAAUUAUUCCUCACUCUCCCGAAGCAAGAAGCAUAUGCUAUUCGGCAAAAGCUCAUAGAUACAUUAGGCCUCGAAAAGUCGAAUCCGGUGAGAAACAAAAUUGGAGACGCGGUUGCUGAAAUAGCUAGAGAAUAUUCCGAUAACGGUGAACAAUGGCCAGAGAUCUUGGGCGUUCUCUCUACUCUAAGCUCUUCACAGGACCCGGGACAGAGAGAGAUCGCAUACAGAAUAUUUUCUACAACCCCUGGCAUAAUUGAAAAGCAACAUGAAGAUACAGUAUUAUCAGCUUUCAAAAAUGGCUUUCAAGAUGGGGAAACAGAAGUCCGCUUGGCAGCCAUGGAAGCAUUCACAUCUUUUUUCUCUAGCCUCACUAAAAAGUCGCAACAAAAAUAUUAUGGCCUUAUUCCAGAAGUUCUGUCGAUCCUACCACCCUUGAAGGAGGCCCAGGACUCGGACAGCCUCAGCACAGCACUUAUUCAACUCAUGAAUCUUGCAGAAGUCGCCCCAAAGAUGUUCAAACCAUUAUUCCACAAUCUAGUCACAUUCUGCAUUCAAACGAUCCAGGACAAGGAAUUGAGCGAUAUAGUUCGUCAAAAUGCCCUCGAACUUAUGGCAACCUUCGCAGAUUAUGCUCCAGCUAUGGUGAAAAAGGAUCCAAGCUUUGUAACAGACAUGAUCACUCAAUGUUUGAGUCUCAUGACUGAUAUUGGUGAGGAUGACGAGGACGCAUCCGAGUGGAAUGCUUCUGAUGAUAUGGAUCCGGAGGAGAGCGAUUUGAACCAUGUUGCUGGUGAGCAAUGCAUGGACCGCUUAGCAAACAAACUCGGAGGAACAAUCAUCUUGGCGCCUACAUUUAAUUGGCUUCCAAGAAUGAUGCUCUCAGAGGCAUGGAGAGAUAGGCAUGCCGCAUUAAUGGCCAUUUCUGCGAUUUCAGAAGGCUGCAGGGACUUGAUGCUUGGAGAAUUGCACAAGGUUCUAGAGCUUGUUGUACCUGCCUUGAGCGAUCCACAUCCACGUGUGCGUUGGGCUGGUUGCAAUGCUCUGGGUCAAAUGAGUACCGAUUUUGCCGGAACCAUGCAGGAGAAGUUUCACGAAACUGUAGUACGCAGCAUCAUCCCGGUCCUUAAGAGCCCGGAGCCUCGUGUCCAAGCUCAUGCAGCAGCUGCUCUUGUCAACUUUUGUGAAGAAGCAGAAAAGAAAAUUCUCGAGCCAUACCUUGAUGAAUUAUUGACUAACUUGUUUGCUCUCCUUCAAAGCCCAAAGAGAUAUGUUCAAGAACAAGCUCUCUCUACCAUCGCCACUAUCGCCGAUUCUGCGGAGGCUGCCUUUUCCAAAUACUACGACACCUUGAUGCCCAUACUUUUUAAUGUUUUGAAGGCGGAUUCAACUAAGGAGCUUCGUUUGCUACGCGCAAAGGCAAUGGAAUGUGCUACUCUUAUUGCAUUGGCCGUCGGACAAGAGAGACUAGGCAGUGACGCCACAGAGUUGGUCAAGUUAUUGGCCACAGUUCAACGAGGUAUUGUGGAUGCGGAUGAUCCACAAGCUCAAUAUCUUAUGCACUGCUGGGGACGUAUGUGUAGGGUUAUGGGUCGCGACUUCCUUGGAUAUCUGGAAUAUGUCAUGCCUCCUCUGCUAGAUUUGGCAAGUGCCAAAGCAGAUAUUCAACUUCUUGAUGAUGAAGACGAGGUUGAGGCCGUUCAGGCGCAAGAGGGCUGGGAGCUUGUUCCGCUGAAGGGUAAAGUCAUUGGCAUCAAAACUAGCACUCUUGAUGACAAGCACAUGGCAAUUGAACUUUUGGUGGUCUACGCUCAGGUUUUGGAAGCUGAUUUUGCCCCUUACGUAGAGCUCGUCAUGGGGCAAAUUGCUUUACCAGGUCUCGCAUUCUUCUUCCAUGAUCCUGUUCGUGUUGUAUCAGCGAAAUGUGUGCCCCAACUACUCAAUUCUUACAAGAAGGCCUUCGGUACCGAGUCUGCCGAGUUGAGAAUUCUUUGGGCUGCUACAAUUCCCAAGAUUUUGGAGGUCCUGAGUGCCGAACCAGCUAUUGAUACACUCGCCGAGAUGUAUCAAUGUUUCUACGAAUCGGUGGAAGUGAUGGGUAAGGAUUGCCUUCACCAGUCGCAUAUGGAACUCUUUAUGGAUUCUGCUAUUUCUGCUUUGGAUGAUUACAAAGAACGUGUCAAGGCUAGAAUAGAGGAACGGGCUGAUGCCAAUCGAGAAGAAGGUGAUGAAGACUCGGAAGAAACACUCUACGCAAUCGAGGACGAUCAGACUCUCCUUUCCGACAUGAACAAAGCAUUCCAUUGCAUUUUUAAGAACCAUGGUGUAGAUUUCCUGCCCUCGUGGGAGAAACUCCUUACAACUUAUUCGGCUUUCCUUUCAAGCGAUGAUCCCACACAAAGACAAUGGGGUUUGUGUAUCAUUGAUGAUGUUCUCGAGUUCUGCGGUGAUAUGAGUUACAAAUAUAUGGAACCUCUUAUUAGGAACCCGUUGAUUGCUGGAUGUCAAGAUGCUGCACCUGCCAAUCGUCAAGCCGCUACCUAUGGUAUCGGUGUCGCAGCCCACAGGGGUGGUGCACAAUGGACUCAAUUUGUCGGCGAAGCAAUCGGGAUCUUGUUCGCGGCUACUCAAAUUCCCAACGCGAGAGGCGAUGAUGAGGUUUACGCUACAGAAAAUGCUUGUGCUGCCAUUGCUAAGAUAUUGCAUUUCAACGCAUCUGGUGUUGCAAACCAACAAGAAGUCGUCACAGUAUGGAUUGAUACUUUACCUAUUGUAAAUGAUGAAGAGGCAGCCCCAUACGCUUAUCUUUUCCUUGCUCAGCUCAUCGAACAACAAAACCCCGCAGUUACUUCUCAACCAGCCAAGGUAUUUGUUUUCGUUGCUCAAGCUCUCGAGGCCGAAACACUACAGGGUCAAACAGCCAACAGAGUGGUUGAAGCUACCAAGAAUCUCCUUGCGGCAGCAAACUUAAACCCCACACAUCUUUUGGCGCAACUUUCCCCUGAAACUCAAGCAACGGUUCAAGCAUACUUUGGUUGA